AUGUCCCUCCCUCAGCACACUCUCGCCCGAUAUAUCCCAGUCGUCCGCCUCCUUGAGAGUCUAGGCGGUUCCGAAGGCUACGAGAAGGACUCAGCUAGCUACGGCGAUGCACUAAAGAAACAGCUUACGGACUACAUUCCCGAAGACGAUCAACUGACCGUUGACUUGUCCGAAUUGCUCAACGGUCCUAAAGAACUUGAGGGCGGUCGUAAGGUGACCAUGACUGACCUGUUGCGCGGAGUUGAACGUCUAGGCGGCUCCAAGAGCUUUGAAGAACACGUCCGCAAGCUUGAGACACCUGAGCUUCAGGUCAACCAGGUUGAAUCCCACACGCACGGCCUGAAAGUGCCUGAAGACGUCGAGUAUUUUAUCAGUGGUCGUCCCCACAUCAAUAAGGCCUACGCAUACAAAAACUAUGCCCACAUGAGCACCUGGACCAUAAUCUUCUACGUCUCCAUCGAAAUCACUGCUGAUAUUGGCAAAACCAAGUACAUCAUGAACGGCCACACCUGGGGUGUUGGUGGAAGCUUCAGCUUUUACGAGGCCGGCCGGCUUCAUUAUAACAACGCUCCUGCUGGGAAUCCCAAUCUUAGCGGCGACGUAGACGUUCUGCUGAAUGGAGUUUCAGAACCGGUGGGCCUGAUGGUGGUGACCACAUACAAAAAUGGCGCCGAUUACGCUAACGAGGUAAGUGCCCAAUUCUUCCUACAUGUCAAUGAUUAG